AUGUCCGACAACGGCCCCGGCUCGACUGGCGCGCAGAUGAAUCCGGCUCAGACCGGCUCUGGUGCUCCGGGCUUCGAGAGCGGCCAGAAUGGCCAGGGAAACCCAGGCCACAUGCCACCCCCGCCUCUACAUAUCCCGCCCAACACCAACCCUAUCCCGACUGCUAUCACCUCGCCGCUGUCUGCCGUCGAUCCAGGAGUUCUCUCGCCUACGAGUGCAGCUGCAUUCGCCCGUCGUGCCGCGCCCGAGCCUAACAAGCGAGCGCUUUAUGUCGGCGGCUUGGACCCGCGCGUCACCGAGGACGUCUUGCGUCAGAUAUUCGAGACCACGGGUCAUGUGCAGAACGUCAAGAUCAUUCCCGACAAGAACGCCAAAGGAUACAACUAUGGCUUCGUGGAAUACGAUGACCCUGGUGCCGCCGAGCGUGCCAUGGCUACCCUGAAUGGGCGCCGCGUCCACCAAUCUGAAAUUCGCGUCAACUGGGCGUACCAGUCCAACACGACCAACAAGGAGGACACCUCCGGGCACUUCCACAUCUUCGUCGGCGACUUGUCCAACGAGGUCAACGACGACAUACUCCUCCAAGCAUUUUCGGCGUUUGGCACCAUUUCGGAAGCCCGUGUCAUGUGGGACAUGAAGACUGGGCGAACGCGUGGUUAUGGUUUCGUAGCCUUCCGGGACCGAAGCGACGCCGAGAAGGCACUGAGCUCCAUGGACGGCGAGUGGCUAGGUUCUCGUGCCAUACGCUGCAACUGGGCCAACCAGAAAGGCCAGCCUUCCAUUGCUCAACAACAGGCCAUGUCUGCUAUGGGCAUGACGCCGACCACGCCUUACGGCCACCAUCAUUUCCCAACGCACGGCGUCCAAAGCUAUGACAUGAUUGUCAGCCAGACUCCGGCAUGGCAGACCACUUGCUACGUUGGGAAUCUCACGCCGUACACGACUGCUCAAGAUCUGGUCCCACUGUUCCAGAACUUCGGUUACGUGAUCGAAUCUCGUUUCCAGGCCGAUCGUGGUUUUGCCUUUAUCAAGAUGGACAGCCACGAGAACGCCGCCAUGGCGAUUUGUCAGUUGAAUGGCUACCAGGUCAACGGUCGACCUCUAAAGUGCAGUUGGGGCAAGGACAAGACACCCAACGCUGCAGGAGGGUUUGAUCCCAACCAGCAGGCUUUCAGCCCCCAGAGUGCUCAACCCACUUCGGCGUACCCCGGUACGCCUACCACCUUCGUCCCCCAGUAUGGCGGUCAAUACGGAGGUCAGCAGCAAGGCUUUGGAGGCCCGCCAGCCCAGUCACCAGCUGGCUACGGGGCCCAGGCCAUGGGAUAUGGUGGUCCACCCAGUGCUGGUGGGUAUGGUCGUGGCCAGCCGCCCAACCAACAAUGGAGCCCUGCCCCAAACCAGAACUUCAACAACGGAUAUAGUGGGUACCAGGGCUAG